CCGAAGACCGAGAGAAGAGAAAAAGACACUCCACCCACAGAAGAGAGGAAUCAUCUCGAUAGUGUGCGGCGGAGAGACUAUAAAGAAAAGAAGCUAACUUAGGAGGCGCAAUGAGGAACAGGCUGUCGCUGUCAGGGCGUAUAAUGUGGCUCGCGUGACACACGCCGUUUCUCUCGGUGCACAACACAUUUCUCCUCUGAGGCUACCACAUACACACACACACACGCCAACACUCUUUAUCCAACCGAAAUACAAAUCUACACACGUACGUACACACAAGAAACACCUUCUGCUUCCAUUCUACCCGGGGUAUAAUCCUUAACGACAAGGACACGCGUACCAGGGAGGCACGAUAGUAAUGACGGUGAUGCUGCUGCAACGUUCAGUCACCCCGCAGUCGACGCAGAGCCAAAAGACAGCGAACAAGGACUUCAGCUCGAAGCCACCAUUUCUAUUCCUCCUCGACGAUCGUCAGGAGCAUCGACACUCCACCGACACAACUAUCACAACCACCACUAACAACAACAAUAUUAUUAUUAACAACAACAACAAUAAUAAUAACAAUAAUAUACUGAAAGGAGUGACUAGAAGAGAGAGUAACGCGUCGUACGUCGUCGACGAGGCGGCGGCGUCGGUGACGUCCCAAAGACGCGCCGCCGACUGUGGCCAGGACGUCGCGAUGCGAUAUUACCGGCUCUGGAUCUACACCUGUAAUUUGGUGCUGCUUGGUAGCGCGUUAGGUUUCGCGGCCGCGGUCUCGCGAACAUUACUGUUCACCGGUGAUCCACGUAGAUACCUGGUGCCAGGUAUACCGCGCGCAUUCGAUCCGACAGCCUUGUACGCGUAUCUGGCGUUGGCUACGCAACUGGGGUUGGUGCAGUUGUUGGGUUGCAUAGCGGCGAGAAGAUUGAGCGCUAGAUUGUUGAACGCGUAUUGGGUACUGCUGUUGGCUUUGCUGUUCGGUGACGCUGUGAUCGGGGUGGCCUGGGUCUUCCGGUUCGAGAGGAUGAGGGCUGAACUGAGGCCUACGCUUAGACAACGACUUCAGAUGGAGUACGGCAAGGAUCUAAGAUUCAGCGAGCAGUGGGAUCGUUUGCAGAAGGAAUUCACCUGUUGUGGAGUGACCGGGCCAAGGGACUUCGGGGCAAGAUUGCCGCAGACCUGUUGUGGACCAACCGGAAACGUGAGCGACACCUGUCAGCAACCGUACGCGAGAGGCUGUGAAGAAUCGUUGAUGCGAUGGCUACGAAAAACCGCGGACCUGUUGUUCGUGCUUGGCUUCUGUGUGAUCGCGUUCGCGAAACUGUGUUUCUUGGGGAUACUGAGAUACGAGAUACGGGAGAUGAUACAGAAGAUACGGCUGCUUAGGGAACCCCCGCCACCUGCAACCACGUUGGCGCAACCGCCAUUUUCACAGGUGAUGCCGGAAGCCACUAACAACGGGAGCAUCGUCAGACGCACCACUCUGCCUAAUGCUGUUACUUCUUCCGGAAAUGCGUCGUUGCUGAUCCAAACGGACGAGUGCAACACCGGAAGGCAUCCCCUUCUGGCGAACAAUCUGCAAGACGGUGGCGCGGACAGCGACACGAACAGCCAUUGCGCGUUGAUCCUGGAGGAAACGACGCCCACAUCGGGGAACCAUAACUGCACUAGCCGCGAGAAGAGCAACGGGAACAACAACUACGAGAUGCGUGAGUUCAACAGGAGAUUAUGGCUGUCGAACGGGGGCAGCCCGGGCACGGGAAUAACAGCUGGCGGUCAGAGCAGGCGCACCUGACUAUGGAACUGGUGGCGAAACACGUCGAACCGUCUCCUCUACAGGAGCAAUCGGUCCGCCGAGAUCACCGUGUAUAAGAUAGGUCCGCAGACCGGAGCUAAGGUUUCUAAAGAUUCUACUGACCUCACGAGCACACCAGGCC